AUGUGGCAGUUCGUAAGGUCACGAUUACUUUUGGUGAUAACACUCGUCAGUGCUACUCAUGGGUUGCUUGUAGUUGGUCCAAAAUAUAUUCGAUCCAACCAGAACUAUACGCUGGUCUUAACCAAUUUCAAUUCGAGCUUGGGCAGAGUGGAUCUGAAAGUGAAAAUAGAUGGUACAACGGACGGUGGUGAAACCAUACUCGGCCUUACCAAAACAGUGGAUGUGCGACGCUACCAAAACCGUUUGGUGAACUUUGAACUCCCGAAUUUGGUACCUGGCAACUACAAAAUCACUUUGGAUGGCCAGCGAGGUUUCAGCUUCCAUAAGGAGGCUGAUCUUAUACUUAAAACUAAAUCAGUUUCUGGUUUGAUUCAGCUCGAUAAGCCAGUCUUCAAGCCCGGUGAUACGGUCAACUUUCGAGUUAUAGUAUUGGACACCAAUUUGAAACCUCCGGCUAACGUGAAAACGGUGAAUGUAACCAUUCAAGAUCCACGCGGUAAUGUGAUACGCAAGUGGUCGGCAGGACGUCUACAUCUUGGAGUUUUCGAGAACAAACUCGAAAUAGCUCCAACGCCACUGAUGGGAAAGUUUAAAAUGUCCGUGAAAAUUGGUGGAGAAGAACUGAUGACGAAGUCGUUCGAGGUGAAGGAAUAUGUACUCUCUACGUAUGAAAUCGACGUCUACCCUACAAAGGUGCCGCUGGAAGAAGAUCAAUCGCUCGACUUAACCGUAGAAGCCAAAUACUUCACCGGCAAACCGGUACAAGGGACGGCUAUUUUGCGCCUUUAUUUGUCAGAUGGUAUAUUGGAUCAAACGAAAACGUGGGAAGUGUACGGUAUGGGUCAGGCACAACUUAAGUUUAAUGGUCUUCUCGAUUUUUACGAGCCUCAACACGAUGUGAAUAUCAACUUUACGUUCAUCGAGAAAUACACAAAUCGCACCUUAACAAUCUACAAGCCAAUAACGGUGCACAAGUACCAAUACUACGUAGAACUGGUAAAAGAUAGCCCAGCAUUCCGGCCAGGCAUGCCGUACAAAUGCGAUAUUCACGUUAAAUACCACAACGGAACUCCCGCAGCGAAUGUCGAGACCGAAGUGACCAUUUACGGUCUCAAUGAUGAAUAUAUUGAAACUCUAACUAGUGACAAGAAUGGAGUGAUCAAGCAAACUCUCAUCCCGUCGGCAGAUUCAAACACAAUUAACAUUGAAGUGAAAAUCGAAGACAAUGAUCUCCUGACCGAGGAUAUCCAUCGAGUCGAAACUAACACAGAUGCUUACGUCAAAAUUGAACUGAAAUCAAAGAUAAUGUUGAACAAACCCAUCAAGUACUCGAUAACCUGCACAGAUAAAAUGCAAUUCCUCGUGUACUACGUUGUAUCCAAGGGGAACAUCAUCGAUGAAGGAUUACUGAGACCCAGCAAAACCCAUAAAGUUCCACUUCAAAUCAAUGCCAACAGCAAAAUGAUCCCAAAAUCGAGAGUCAUAGUAGCAACCCUAGCUAAGGACACGAUAGUUUACGAUACCAUGGACAUUGAAUUCAAAGAGCUGAGUAACAAUUUUAAGAUGGUGAUCGAUGAGCAAGAUCGUGAAGUGAAACCUGGAGGACAAAUUGAACUGAUCAUGCAAGGUCGGCCAAGAUCGUAUGUAGCCCUUGCAGCUUACGACAACAGCCUUCUCCAGCACAACGGCAAUCAUGAUGUGCACUGGGAAAACAUAGAAGCAGUGUUUGACGACUUUCAUGAUGUUCAGAACAAUGAAUACGAUAAAAUUCAUAGUAUGGGACUUUUUGCGCGAACUUUGGACAGCUUACAACUUGAAGGUGCAAGCGACAAGCUGGCUAGAUUGGAAUCGAAUGGCUCGUCCACGAAGCUCAUCCCGUUUCGUACAAACUUCGUGGAGUCUUUUCUGUGGAAAAAUCUUACGAUUCCAAUCAAUGGUCAACACAAGUUAAUCGAAAACGUGCCAGAGUCAACAACAGCCUGGUCGUUGACGGGUUUCUCAAUCGAUCCCGAGUACGGACUGGGGAUCAUCAAACAGCCAAUCGAGUUCAUCACGGUUCAGUCGUUUUACAUCGUCGAUAAUCUUCCAUACUCCAUCAAACGAGGUGAGGCAGUUGCGCUACAGUUCACCUUGUUCAACAACCUCGGCGGCGAAUACAUUGCAGAUGUAACGAUGUACAAUGUUGGAAAUCAAACCGAAUUCGUUGGACAAACUGCUGGAGUACCCAGCUACACGAAGUCGAUCAGUGUUAAACCGAAGGUCGGCGUUCCUAUUUCAUUCCUGGUAAAACCCAGGAAGCUUGGAGAGAUGGCUGUUCGCUUGAAGGCUUCCAUUAUGCUGGGCCAGGAAACGGAUGCAAUCGAGAAAGUGAUUCGAGUGUUACCUGAAAGUUUGGUCGAGAAGAAGAUGCAGUCACGUAUUUUCAGUCAAAAUACCUAUAUGAAUGUAUCUUUUCCCAUUAGCUUGGAUAUAGAUAAAAAUGCGGAUGCUGGAUCACAACACAUCUCAUUUCAUGUCAAUCCAAACAUUCUCACCACCGUUGUUCAAAACUUGGGAGAUCUUCUGGCGGUUCCAACUGGCUGUGGAGAGCAAAACAUGGUGAAAUUUGUGCCAAACAUAAUUGCGCUCGAUUAUCUAACUGCAAUUGAUUCAAAGGACACCAAUUUGAUCAACCGAGCCACUAGCUUACUUCGGACUGGCUAUCAAAAUCAGAUGAGAUAUCGUCAAACGGAUGGUUCCUUUGGUGUUUGGCAAUCUGGAGGAGGCAGUGUCUUCCUCACUGCGUUUGUGGCGAAAUCAAUGCAAACUGCAUCGAAAUACAUCAGUGAGGUGGAUGUCACGAUGGUGGCGGGCGCCUUCCAGUGGUUGGCAAAUAAACAACAAUCCACUGGACGAUUCAAUGAAGUUGGUCCAAUAGCUCACACAGAUAUGCAAGGCGGAUUAAGGAACGGAAUUGCUUUAACGUCUUAUGUUUUGAUUGCAUUUUUGGAGAAUGAGAAUGCCAAACUAACUCAUCAAAAUGUUAUUGCAAGAGGCGUGCAGUAUGUUGCCGGGCUUCUUCCGCAAGUGAACGACCUCUACGACCUUUCGAUAGCUACAUACGCUAUGUGGUUGAGUGGUCAUCACUCAAAAGAAUACUUCAUUAACAGACUGAUCGAUAGAUCUACCGUUUCCGAUAAUGGUGGCAUGAGAUAUUGGUAUAGAGAUUCGAACAUUAUUGAAACCACAGGUUAUGCACUAUUAGCAAUGGUUCAAGCUGGGAAAUUUCCCGAUGGCGUGCCUGUUAUGCGUUGGCUUGUCAAUCAACGUUACGUCACCGGAAGCUUCCCGCGUACGCAAGACACAUUCGUUGGAUUGAAAGCGCUCACGAAACUGGCCGAAGUAAUAUCGCCCUCAAGAAACGAUUACUCCAUCCAAUUGAAAUACAAAACGCAAACGAAGAACUUCCGUGUAACAUCGCAAGAAAUCGGGAAGCUACAGUUCGAGGAUAUUCCAAGCGAUGUUAAGAAAAUCGAUAUAAACGUUGCAGGCUUGGGCUUCGGGUUACUGGACGUUAAAUACGAGUACGCACUGGAUCUGCGAAAUUACACCAACCGAUUUGUAUUGACCUUCGAAAAGCUGAACACCAACUCAGAUUACGAGCUGAAGCUGAAAAUAUGCGCGAGUUUCAUUCCAAAGCUUGCAAAUGAGCGUUCCAACAUGGCGCUGGUAGAAGUAAACUUUCCCAGUGGCUACGUUGUUGACCCCCGUCCUAUCACCGAGGCAACCACGGUUAACCCGAUACGGAAUACUGAGAUACGUUUCGGUGGAACUUCAGUGGUGGCAUACUACGAUAACAUGGGAACAGAAAAGAAUUGCUUCCACAUCACAGCCUACAGGCGUUUCAAGGUGGCUCUUAAGCGUCCAGCGUAUGUGUUAGUGCACGAUUAUUACAAUCCCAAACUGAACGCCAUUCAAGUUUACGACGUGGACCAAGAGAAGCUGUGCGACAUCUGCGAUAAGGAGGAUUGUCCCCCAGAGUGCAACAAAUGAAGAACGUUUUCCUAAAACUAAGAGGCCGGAUUGAUGCAUAACGUUGAAUCGUAAUUUCCAGAAUACUCUGUAAAGAACACCGUUAAGAGUAUGAAUUCACUCAUUUUACAUAUGAACAGAUCAUUCUAUAAAGAAUAUGAAGAGAAAUGGAAGAUUGAAAUAAAUUUCAAUGAUGAGUCAUAUA